CUCAAAUUCAAGAGAGAGCGAUAUCUUCGACUGUGGGAAGCUUCUUUUUCUGAUCUUUUACGUGUCAAUAUAAAUUCCCUUCAAAGAAAUAAGCUUUCCACUCUUUUUCAAUCAAUCACCAAUGGCUCCUUCUUUCACUUACGUCAAAAUCUUCUCUUCUCUCGUCGCAGACGGAUUCUCCAACGCUCUCACCAGACGCGGGUACGCUGUUGCAUCACAGAGUGCAACAAAGGGAGGAGUGGCCUCAAUGAGCGGCAAGAUGGCACCAAAGUCAGGGGAAGAUAACAAAGGGGUGUCUACGUACAAGGUUUCGUGGGUGCCAGAUCCAGUCACUGGUUAUUACAAACCCGAAAACAUCAAUGAGAUUGACCCUGCGGAAUUGCGCGCUAUGCUUCUCGGCAAAAAAUUCAACAACUAAUGAAAUAUUGAUUCCACGGAAUAUUGAUUCUGAUAUGCUCUGUUUUCUACUUCAUGAAGAGAAGACCUUGAUUCGCGUUUGGGGGGGUUUUCCUUGUCCAUUUAUUUGCUUUAGUUAGUUUUAGAAGUCAGUAGAAUGACCACCAUUAGCAGCUGAUCGAUUGUAAUGUCUUCUAAUUCUAAUGUUAUUGAAUAUUGAUUAUAUCAAGUUUCAUAUUUUUCAAAUUA